UUAGCCUGACAACAACGUAAAUAUAUUUCCACACCCAAAACCCGACACAAUCCAACAACGAUGAACAAUCAAUAAUAAGUGAGUAAUAAUAAUAAUAAUAAUAAGGAUAGGGUAAUAUAUAACUCAUGUGACACCUGUCAGACUACCUGCAUGUCUGACUAAGCAGACAACCAAUCAUUAUCAUUCUCGCCUACACAUAAAUAACAUUCACCUCCUUUGUUCAGCUAUUCUCUACAUCAAUCAACUGUUCAAGAAGAUGAAGAAUAGUCAAGCAGAGUAAGAAGUAAAUGUUACACCGAUGUACAUUACAAUAUCCACAAAUACCAACACAUUAUGGAGAAAUAAAAGAAACAGUAGAAAAUAUUCACAUCGGAACCUUUGACAAUCAUGAAAACAAGACUCAAACAUCCAGCCCAGAGAACUCAGUUCAUCAUAGAUAUUUUGUCGAAGAUAAUUUGCUGAACUGUUUUUUUUUGUAUUAUAUGGAUGAUAGACAGACAGACAGGGAAACUAUCUAUUGUAGGAACUUAUUGUAUGGUCGUAUGGAUACUAGGAAAGAUUUGUGUAAAUCAUCAUUGGAAUAUAUUAUGUUACAAUGAUAACAAUGUUAUAACAUAACUUGUCACCUACCAACUUUUGCCAAAUAUAUUUUAAAACUU